GGAGGAGAAUGGCCCCUCCGGCCAGGGAUGCUUCCCCGUGAGGCGCUGUGUUACUCGCCGCGACUUGGGGUCCUCCCUCCCCUCAGCCGUGGCUGGUUCUCACUUUUCCGAGCUGCCGUCCAGGUCAACUUCGUCGUGUGCCAGCUCUUCGCCUUGCUAGCAGCCGUGUGGUUUCGGACUUACCUUCGUUCCAGCAAAACCAGCUCUUUUAUAAGACAUGUCGUCGCCACCCUCUUGGGCCUUUAUCUUGCACUUUUUUGCUUUGGAUGGUACGCCUUGCACUUCCUGGUGCAGAGCGGGGUCUCCUACUGCAUCAUGGUGCUCGUCGGCGUGGAGAGCAUGCACAAAUACUGCUUCGUGUUCGCGCUGGGCUACCUGAGCGUGUGCCAGAUCACCAGGGUGUACAUCUUUGACUACGGACAAUAUUCUGCCGAUUUUUCAGGCCCGAUGAUGAUAAUCACCCAGAAGAUCACUAGUUUGGCUCAUGAAAUUCACGAUGGGAUGUUCCGAAAGGAUGAAGAGCUGACUCCCUCUCAGAGAGGCCUCGCUGUGAGGCGCAUGCCCAGCCUGCUGGAGUACCUCAGCUACACCUGCAACUUCAUGGGCAUCCUGGCCGGCCCCCUGUGCUCAUACAAGGACUACAUCACCUUCAUCGAAGGCCGAGCAUACCGCACCUUGCAUUCAGGUGAAAACGACAAGGAGGAAGCGCAGCACGGGAGGCUGGAGCCCUCGCCAAACGCCGCCGUGGUGCAGAAGCUCCUCGUGUGCGCGCUGUCCCUGCUGCUGCACCUGACCAUCGCCCCGUCGCUGCCGGUGGAGUACAACAUCGACGGGCACUUCCAGGCCACCGCCUCGUGGCCAGCCAGGGUCGUGUAUCUGUACAUCUCUCUCUUGGCUGCCAGACCCAAGUACUAUUUUGCGUGGACAUUAGCCGACGCUAUCAACAACGCCGCGGGCUUCGGCUUCCGAGGGUAUGACAGAGACGGAGCAGCUCGUUGGGACUUGAUUUCCAACUUGAGAAUUCAGCAAAUAGAGAUGUCUACAAGUUUCAAGAUGUUUCUUGAUAACUGGAAUAUUCAGACAGCUCUUUGGCUCAAAAGGGUGUGCUACGAGCGAGCCUCCUUGAGUCCGACCAUCCAGACCUUCAUCCUCUCGGCCAUCUGGCACGGGGUGUACCCGGGCUACUACUUGACCUUCCUGACAGGCGUGGUGAUGACGCUGGCAGCGCGCACUAUGAGAAAUAACUUUAGACAUUAUUUCAUCGAGCCUCCCCAGCUUAAGUUGCUGUACGAUGUUGUGACGUGGAUAGUCACUCAAGUAGCAAUAAGUUACACGGUCGUGCCCUUUGUACUUCUUUCUGUAAAACCAUCAUUCAUGUUUUACAGCUCCUGGUAUUACUGCCUUCACAUUGUCGGGGUAUUAGUGUUACUGUUGCUGCCGGGGAAGAAACCUCAGAGGGGGACGAACACGCACGAGAAUGCCCAGCUGCCACAACCCAAAAAGUUCGAUGACAGAGACGAUUCUUUGGGGCAGAACAGCUUUUCCACCACAAACAAUGUUUGCAAUCAGAACCGAGAAAGAGCCUCGAGACAUUCCUCGUUGAGGCAAUGAUGAGAACGCCUGGGCCGGCAGUUUCUCCACAUUAACGGAAACCUUUCUUAGCACCUUUCCAGGGGGUUGUGCGUGUUUGCAGAGACGCAGUCGGGGAGACCAGGCAUUUGUAGGCGGGGAGUCCCCUGUACGCCAGGUCAGAAUGGAGGGGGACCUCGCGGGCCACGCCUUAUAGAAAGUGCUCCCAUGAACGACCGGGGCGCUCAGGGCCAGCGCGUGUCCACGGGGGCGCUGCUGCUCUGCUCCUGCCUGUGUGUCCAGUCCCGAGGCCCGGGAGGUGGGAGGCUGACGGUGUCCAUCUGGAUGAUUGAGAGAGAUGAUCAACUUUUCAAAUGAAUGUCUUGCCUUAAACCCUCUCUUUCCUAAACUGUUGUUCCCAGGGGUCUUUGCAAGUGUGAGCUUGUGAGGAUGCGCCUUCAUGUCUCCGCAGUGUGCUGUGAAGGAACUGGGGGGCCCAAAACAGGCUAAGAUUGUGGAGACUCCGAAAUUGCAAUAAACAUCUCAGUAUUGAAGGGUUUUCUUAAAGUAUCUCCAGUGACCGCAGCUCAUGGGGAGCCGUAAAGAGAAGCAGAUGCCAAAUCACAGGGACCUGGUUUUCCUGAGAGUGUGAUCGUGUGUCCGCCAGAGAGCCGGCAGGGAGGGUUUCCUGGCCACCGUGGAAAUGUGGUAUUUUAAGCUUAUUUCCUUCAAAACAAGAGCGAAGACGAGGAAGGAAGGAAGGAAGGCAGGAAGGCAUGAACGAAGGCCACCGGGGGAGGGAGGCCUGCGGGCAGCUGGAGGGGGGCACCCAGGCCCCCGGGGCAGGCCCUCCCUGUGGGCCUGAGGUUCAACCCCUUGUUAACACUUUGGACCUUUAAGUGAAAUUUAUGAAACCAAAACCACCUAGAACUGGAAGGGGAUGGAGAAGCUGCCAGACGGCUUGCCAGUCUCGAGAGACGCCCUGGGCAGGCCACUGCGCUCCGGCCACUCUCUGCCCCUUGACAGUUGGAUUCGUGUUUGGGAAAGUUUGCGGGAAAUGAAAGCGCUAAGUCACUGGCGAACCACACUUUUAGAGAAAGCUGAACAUUAGCUUCUAGACUCGUAGCUUCUCACAUUAAAUUCGCUGUUAAUGCUUGUUAAUGGGUUUUAGAGUCUUAAGUAGAAAAAUGAGCUUUUUAAUUUUAUGGGCCAUUUUGCCCCUGUUGAACUCUCGGGAGAGCCCAGAGGCAUGAGGGCUAGAGUGGCUGAGGCAGGAGAGUGGCUUGUGAGCCUGGUGUAGACAGGCCUGGGUGCAGAUCUGAUCAGAGAGAGGAGCUGGGGCCCUGGGUGUUCCUCUUCAUUUGACCAAUCUUUUGUAGAACUUACUUUCUUUUGCCUUAAAUUUUUAAAUGAAGUGCUAAAUUGUCUACCUAUGCUCAGUCUGUUUUGGGAUUUCUGUCAUUAAUAAAUUUGCGAUGAAGUUAAGGGCCGGACUAUUACCUGGCAUUAUCUAUGUAGCAUUUCAUUUAAAGAAGCAAGGAAAAGCAUACUUGCUUGGAACGUCUGAGCACUCAGCAGAAAUUUAUAGAACUUCAGAAAUAUCCUAGUCUUUGUUGAUAUGUAAUGUUUUUCUUUUUCUCAAGGUAAAUUGUUUCUAUUCCCCCAAGAAAGGAAAGAAAGGACAGGUAGCUAAAUCAAUUUCUCUCUUUCUUUUUUUUUAAAGAUUUAUUUAUUUAUUUAUACAGUACUGGGUACAGUCAGAAGCGCGGGAGGGUGAGCGAAUUCACCAGAGCCAGAGGGGAGAACAGAAGGCAGA